AUAUAGCAUAUCUAAAGAAAACCGGAAAUUGGUUCAUAAACCGAACCGGUUAUUAGAUAGUCAAGGUGGUCUAGUCAAUAAGAUUACAAAACUUAAAUACUUUUGGCUUAAUGCAAAUUAUUAAGAAGCAUUCAAGAUUACAUUCCCAUUAAAUCCAAGCAGAGUCAAAGACCAAAAAGGAAACAAAUCCGCCAUUCAAUGUUUUCUCAGAAACAAAUCCAAAGCUGUUUGACCAGAUAUACACCAAAUAUUUAAUCAUCUAAAGUAAACCGGAAACUGGUUCGUUAAACCGAACCGGUUAUCAGAUAGCUAUAUAACAACAGUCUCUUCUGUCUCUCGCUCUUUUUCGAACUAACUAACGAUCAUCAAAUCAAAGUCUCUUCCUUUUCACUUGAUACCUCUCUCAGACAUGGAUCUACCUGAACUUCCAGGCUUUAAGUUUGGGGCUGGGGACAUGUUCGGUCCCCCCGGACUCUACCUUGACUCCUCCUCCUCCGAACCCGACUUCGGAUUCGCCUUCAACGACCGCAACUUCUCCGACCGGUUGCUCCGGAUCGAGAUCAUGGCCCCUGGCUCGAACCCCGGCGCUGAAGGGUUUGGGAGUAUCUCCGAUUGGGCUCGUCGUCGCAAGAGGAGAAGAGAGGAGUCUGUUAACGUUUCAGACGUUCUGGCGGGUGCUGAGGAGCAGGUUUUGACUAAUGAGAAGCCUGAUAUGGAUGAAGGCGAGGCUAUGAUUCAAGAGGCUUUUGCAGGUGAUGAUGAGGACGAUGUGACUAAUGCGCCGAACUGGGGGUUUGAGUCGUUUGACUAUUCUGGGGUUGAAAGGGUUAGAGAGCUUCAUAUUAGUUCUCCUAUCUUAGCUGCCAAAAGCCCUUUCUUUUACAAGCUGUUCUCCAAUGGAAUGCUGGAAUCUGGACAAAGGCAUGCCACUCUUCUGAUUAAUGCAUCAGAGGAAGCUGCGUUUAUGGAGCUUUUAAACUUUAUCUAUACCAACACGGUGUCUGUCACCACAGCACCUGCAUUGUUAGAUCUGCUCAUGGCUGCUGAUAAGUUCGAGGUCGCCUCUUGCAUGAGGUACUGCAGCAGACUUCUCCGCGACCAGCCUAUGACUACCGAGUCCGCGCUGCUUUACCUCGACCUUCCCUCCACUGUUAUAGUGGCUGCAUCCGUCCAGCCAUUAACCGAUUCUGCUAAGAAGUUCCUUGCUGCCCGUCACAAGGACAUCACCAAGUUUCCAGAGGAGUUUAUGUCUCUGACAUUGGCGGGAAUUGAGGCGGUUUUGUCAAGCGACGAUCUCGAAGUUGCAUCAGAGGAUGCAGUUUACGAUCUUGUCUUGAAAUGGGCAAGAGCGCGGUACUCUUCGCUGGAGGUGCGGAGAGAGAUUCUUGGGUCACGUCUCGCGCGUUCCAUCCGCUUCCCGUUCAUGACAUGCCGUAAGCUGAGGAAGGUGCUGACAUGCAGUGACUUUGACCACGAGCUAGCGUCAAAGCUUGCUCUGGAAGCGCUUUUCUUCAAGACGGAAGCACCGCACAAGCAGCGUAGCCUAGCCGCUGAAGAGUCAGCCUCAGAGCACCGCCGCCUCGUAGAGAGGGCUUACAAGUACAGACCGGUCAAAGUACUUGAGUUCGAGCAUCCUAUGCCGCACUGCGUGGUCUACCUCGACCUGAAGAGAGAAGAAUGCAUUGGAUUGUUCCCUUCCGGGAGAAUCUUUUCUCAGGCCUUUCACUUAGGCGGUCAAGGGUUCUUCCUCUCGGCGCAUUGCAACUUGGACCAGCAGAGUUCGGAUCACUGUUUCGGGCUGUUCCUAGGGAUGCAGGAGAAAGGGUCGAUGGGUUUCGGAGUGGACUAUGAGUUCUCGGCGAGGUCAAGCCCAUCUGAGGAGUUCAAAAGCAAGUACAAAGGGAACUACACCUUCACAGGAGGGAAAGCAAUUGGGUACAGGAACUUGUUUGGGAUUCCAUGGACGUCUUUUGUUGAAGAGGAGGAUAAUGUUAACUUCAUCAAUGGCAUCCUCCAUCUCAAAGCUGAGCUUACCGUCAGAAGGUCUACAGAUCCUUAGUGACCUUUUUCUCUUUCUUCCUUCAUUUCAGACUCUUUUACUACAUCUCUUCUCUCUAACCAAACUUUAUUUUAUUUUCUUUUAGACUUUGAAGUUUAUAUAACUUUAUAAAACUUUUCUAAAUCAGCGACAUUUAAGAAUGAUGUAAAUGCGUUUGGAUUUGAUUUAUCUUUCUGUUUAUGCUUUUA